AUAGUAAAAAUUACUAAAAAUUGUAAAAGGAUGUUCAAAAGUAUCAAUACCCUUAGAUGACCAAACCAAGGAUUGUUUCAAUGACUUGAUUUUUAAAAUUAAAAAAAUAAAAUAAAACUUAAUAAAAGUAAUAAAUUUUAAUUUAAAGUCCUAAUUUAACCCACAUAAAACGAUUGAAUUUUGCACUGGCACCAUUAAAUCGUUCUUCACCCCUCUGCAUCAAAAUAUUAAGUUCAAAUCCCAAAUUUAAAUUCUUAACGAUCCAAAUCCAAACUACCAAACGACUCCAUGAAUGAACUACCCCAGAUGUUCACUGUAGUUUGCACGCCACACCCUUCCAAGUUGAGAGUGGCUGAUGAAGUUCACAUUUCAAGGCCAAACCAUAACUAUAAAACCUACCCAAAUCCCCACUCAACUCCUCAUAAGACUCAAUGCUCUGAUUUCCAAACUCACUCACUCAAACCAGCAUUUACAAGCCCUCCAGCUCUUCAACCAAAUCCACUCAUCCAACCACCUCAAACCAGACCACUACACCCUAGCUAGUACCCUCACCGCCUGUGCCGCCAUUCGCGACACUGCUGCUGGAAACCAGAUCCACGCCCACGCCAUCCGAUCGGGCUUCAAAGCAUACGCCCAUGUUAGCAACACGCUUCUCUCGCUCUACGCAAAAUCCAACGACUUGGAUUCCACACGCCGCCUGUUUGAUGAAUUCAACGCCCCCGACGUGUACUCGUGGACGACUCUCCUAUCGGCUUAUGCCAAAUCGGGGCAAAUCGACCAUGCCUCCCUAUUGUUCGAUCGAAUGCCUCAGAGAAAUGUCGCUGUCUGGAAUGUGAUGAUCACAGGUUAUGUUGAGUGUGGGUGCCCGGAGGUUGCUUUCGAGAUGUUUGAUAGAAUGCAUCAGUUGGGUGUGGGACAUGAUCACUAUAGUUUCGCUAGUGUUUUGAGCUCGUGUUGUUCGCCUGAGCUGUUGGAUUCGGGAAAGCAGGUGCAUUCACUGGUUAUUAGAACUGGGUUUUUGGCUAGAGUUUCUGUAAUCAACGCUCAGCUUACAAUGUAUUUCAAUUGUGGAUUGAUAAAAGAUGCAUUUGGUGUAUUUGAAGACGCCACAACAUGUAAUCAGAUAACUUUCAAUGCCAUGAUAUCAGGACUAGUAAAUUGGGGAAGAGAUGUGGAGGCUUUGACGAUGUUCUUGCAGAUGCAAGAAUCUUGUUUCGGGCCCACUGAACUUACAUUCAUGAGUGUUCUGAGUGCCUGUUCAUCUGCAAAAAUGGCAAAAUUAGGCUGUCAAAUACAUACCCAAGUCAUCAAAUUGGGUUUUGAAGCUUGUGUUUUGGUUAGCAAUGCUGCAAUAAACAUGUACUCCAACUGUGGUAAUCUACCCAAUGCUCAAUUAGUUUUUGAGAGACUGGAGGAGAAGGAUCUCGUCUCAUGGAAUUCGAUGAUUACGGGUUUUGCCCAAGGGAAGUGUCGUGAAUCAGCCAUCUGGGUCUAUAAGCAAAUGCGAAGAGCUGGGAUUGAGCCCGAUGAUUUCACCUUUGGGAGUCUACUAGCUUGCACCGAAUUCUUCGAGAAUAUUGAAAUUAUUCAAGCUGCAGUGGCUAAAAAUGGGCUAAUCUCAAGUAUCCAAGUUGGAAAUGCAUUGAUUUCUGCAUUUUCGGAUUAUGGUAAGAUACAACAUGCUUGUCACGUCUUUCGGGAGAUGACUUUCAGGAAUUUGAUAUCUUGGAAUUCAAUUAUAUCAGGUUGUGUGUUGAAUGGGUUUCCAGUUUUGGGCUUAGAACUUUUCUAUCAGAUGCAGACAUUGGAGUUCAAGCCGAAUAUCUACACUCUCAGCAUCGUGUUGAGCGCUUGUGCAAGCAUUUCGGCUUUGAGACAUGGGAAACAGAUCCAUGCUUACAUUCUCAGAUCGGAGUUGGACUUGGAGACAUCAUUGGGCAAUCCCCUUAUUACCAUGUAUGCGAAAUCUGGGGUUUUAGAUCUGUCUGCCAGAGUAUUUUGUGGAAUGCCCGAAAGGGAUGUGGUCACUUGGAAUGCCAUGGUUGCAGCUUAUGCACAGCAUGGGGAUGGAAAAGAAGCCAUCCGCUGCUUCAAGGCAAUGAGAGAAUUGGGCAUUGAGCCGGAUGCAGUCACCUUUACAACAGUUCUCUCUGCAUGCAGCCAUGCUGGUUUGGUCGACGAGGGCCAUUGUAUUUUCUUGUCCAUGGUCAAAGAUUACAGAAUGGAGCCUAGUGUAGAUCACUAUUCUUGCAUCAUCGAUCUUCUAGGCCGAGCUGGGCAUCUAGAUGAGGCAGAAAGAUUAGUGAAUAGCAUGCCGUUUCAAAUGGAUUCCCAUAUCUGGUGGGCACUGCUCGGUGCUUGUAGAGUUCACAGCAAUGUGAGGCUGGGAAGAGUUGCAGCUGGGUUUCUUCUGGAGAUUGAACCAGAAAAUCCUGCUGUUUAUGUGCUUCUGUCACAUAUUUAUGCAGCAGCUGGGCAAUGGGAAGAAGCUGCUUCUGUGAGGGAACUGAUGAAGAAGAAUGGGGUGAUGAAAAUGCCUGGGUGUAGUUGGGUGGAAUGACAGAAUCGUGUGCAACGGUAGACAGGGUAAACUGAUAUGUAAGGGCCUGUUUGGAUGUCCCUAUGUUCAAGAGAUUGUCCCAUUGGCAUACCUUCUCCUCCAAGUUGCAGGAUGGGAUUGUUUAGUCAAACAUGAAAAUGCAUGUUGUACGCUCCACUCUAUUGUUAUGGCCAGGCUUCUUCCCCAAUUCAUAAAUGACAUGAAACUUUUUUCCUAUCAAAUUUUAUUGGAUCCAUGAAUUGGGCAGACCCCAUCA